AUGUUGAACCAUCAAUUCAUAACAGUAAUCAACUUUUGCAGGAGGGACGUGAUAAAUAGGAUAAAAAGGACGAGCGGCUGCGGGUCCACCGUAGCUUGCAGGAAACUCACAAAUAAUUCAGAUUCCGGUACAUCAAUUUCCACAGCUAAUAUCCCCGAUGGCCGCUGCACCUCUAAAGGUUCCGGUCUGCCUCCCCCAAGUCGUUUGGCUUACUUCAAGCACGAUACAGGACAUGUUAACAUGGCAUUCCUUGAUUUAGACGGGUGA